CCUCCCCAAUUAUUAGCAGACAAAACAAGCGACCAAUAUCUCUUAUGAACCCUAAAACUUUCUGAAGAGAAGAAAGACAGGGCUGACCAAAUUUGAUCAUUAUACAAUAGGUUCACAAUGGUAGACCCUAUAACACCCAGAAGGAAACUGAAAUGGACAUUACCAGAAGAGGCAGCCCUAAAAUCUGGUGUUAACAAACAUGGAGCAGGGAAAUGGAAAAACAUUGUGUCAGAUCCUGAAUUUGGUCCUUUUCUUGUUUCCCGUACCAAUGUUGAUUUAAAGGACAAAUGGAGGAAUAUGACUGGUGAGAGUUCUUAUAGGCCAAAAGUUAAGUUGGUACCAACAACAACAUUCUCAAAGAGUCCAAAAAGUGCCAUCUGUAACCCUGCUGAUGUGUAUACCGAAGUUAAAUGGCGGGGAAACCGGGCCGACUGUGUUCCUGCAGUAGUAGAGAUUAUUGAUUGCUUUGAGAAUUCAAGAAAGCAGGAUGCAUGUGAUGAAAGUACUGUGUCAGAUACUGGGGCAAGUGAGGGUUCGGUAGAGAUAUCAUCAUCAAAUAGGAGUCGUGAUGAAAUUUCAGGUAUGAUGGACAACUCCUGUAAUGGAAGCUUAGGUGCUUCUGCUAAAAGAAAUGGGUCACUUUAUCCCAUCGAAGUUCUUGUUGCUGCGAUAGAAUUAAUUGAUUCUCAUGAGCUGGUAAGGGUAUCUGAGGUGCCUACAGAAGAUAUAUUGGUACCUGAUAAUCCAAAAGAGAAUAAACUGGCUGUUCCAAACUUUUUGAGAAAGAGAUUUAGAGAGAAACCUCCUCAAAACUAUGCCAUACAAAAAAAGGCAGUAAAGAAGUUUAAAAGUUCGUCAAUGGUUGAUUCAAGUAAUUUUGAUACCCUUAUGAUGGCUGUGAAUUAUGUCAGUAAGAACGAUAAUGAUGAACCAGAGGAGAAAGAAACUCAUAGCUUACUAGACAAUGCAGAGAAACAGUCAGAAGCAGUUUUGGUGAAUAAAUCUGUUGCAGUAUCCUCUGGAAUACAUCAAGUUCUUGGUGAUAUGUCCGCCAAUUCAGCUGAGGAUCGGUCGUUAAGGAUAAGAAAGCUUGCGAGUUUUGAACUCAGUAUUCUACCAGAGGGGAAUACUUUAGUUUCUGAUCGGUUGUUAGGAAUCAAGAAACUCACGAGUUUCAAACUCGGUAGCCUGCAAGAGGGUAAUACCUCCAUAAGAAAGUCCUCUAAAGUAUGUUCUAGUUAUAAUAAGGGGUUUUCGUGCAGAAACAAUGAUCAACAGAGAGCAUAUAUGUCUGCUGAAAAGAGUUGCAGAGAGCAAUGUCUGUUGAUGGCUAAUUCGCAUGGAGGCAAUAUGCGUGGAUGUGAAAAUCGGCAAACUUCAAAUAUGACCUCCGAACAACAAAGAUUGCAAAAGAAUUUUUGCUGGCGUGAACGGAGAAAACGACUAGACACAGAAGCUGAGGCAUACAUCUUGAAAGACAGACGCCGACAACAUUCAUUUCUGCUGCAACAUCCAUCGACUAACUCACAGAAACUCCAAGCACCUCCUGCAAUAAUGGGUCAGCAUGUUAAAAGUGAAUGUCAAGUGUUGGGCCAUGAUACUUCAGUGAAGAUAUCUUCUAAUGGGUUCCCUAGUUACAACGAGAAGGGUUUUGCACAAACAGUCUGUGAUAGAAGCGCAAGCCAAAAAGCCACCCAACAAAGGAGAAGAGCAUCUAUAUAUGCUAAAAAGAGUGUAAAGAAGCUCGAAGAGCAUCAAUGUUUGCUGAAAAGACUGCGAAGACGCUUCUUGGAACAGAACGAUGUUGGUAUGGGACAAAUGCACAGACAGACAACUAGCAAACUUCAGGUAAUAUGUACCGACCAUAUUAUACUGUCAGCUUUCAUUCUUCACGGCAACGAGGAAAAGAGGAGAAUGGAAAAGUGGUUUCCGUUCUCAUAUGUUCGAGGAGGAACAAGAAUCUUCUUAUAGGGAACCUCUAUUCGGAAAUCAUGUUUGUUCGUGGGGAGGAAGGAAAAUAUCUGGUCCGGUUCAACCCGGUCCGCCCAACCAGGUCCGGUCCAACCCGGUCCGGUCCAUUCUGAUCCGGUUCUCUGUUAUGUCCCUUUCAGUUUUUUUCAUCUGUGCGUGAUUGAAGUUGUUCUGGUUCUCUCUGUAUAUACCACGGGAAUCAAUGUAUGAGGUAUGUAACUGAUGUGGGUUUUUACAUUGAAUACCUGUUGGGCUUAUUAUUAUUUUUUAAAACAUGCCUAGUUCUGUUCUUUCAAGAUAAGUCCGUAAACGGUCAAUUUAAAUUAUGAGUGUUGAUCUUGAUCAUUAAGAAUGUUGGUCUUAAUGUUAUUUUUUUCUUUUGAA